CGGCGGAGUCGCUCCGCGGCGUGCGUUCCCUCCGCGGCGAUGGUGCAGGACUCAAGGGGACAGCUUGUGGCGGAGCUGCUGCUGCGGUCGGGGGAGGCCCGCGGCAUCCUCUGCCUCUGCUCCCGCGCCUUUGUCGAAGAUAGAAAACUAUAUAAACUGGGAUUAAAAGGAUUUUAUGUCAAGGAUGACAAUGGCAGUACAGGGGAGGACCAGGGAUCUGAGGAGGAGAACCAUUGUCCCAGUGUGACGUUGAAGGUGGAUAUUAAUCACGCUCUGGACUUGGAAGAAGCUGAACUAGACUCGGAGGCUGAGCUUAUGAAGAGCAUGGGAUUGCCUCUUCAGUUUGGUGGGCAAUCAGCCCACAGGGACUUUGUGGCAACAGAAACCUACAGAAAGAGAAGUAACAUGAAGAUGAUGAAGAAGAAAAAGAAGAAGAAAAAGGAGUUACAUCACAAUCAUGAGGGUAAAAUGGGGCAAGAAUGCCAGGAUCAGUCUGAUGAUGGUCAUAUCCAGUCCAUUUCUGGUGAGCUGGCCAUAGUGACAGAGCAAUGUGAGAAGGGCAAUAAAGCCCAGGUUGUAAGUGAAGGCAACUGUGAAAGUUCAGAAAGUCUUGCAAGUGAAACUUUACCAAGGGAACUUAAAGAAAAAUGGGAGAAAUACUGGACUGAGUAUGGGGAGGGCCUUCUUUGGCAAAGCUGGCUGGAGAAGCAUCAAGAGCAUUCAUCAGCUGAGGCCGCUACAGCCUCUGAGCCAUGGAAUAGUCCAGACACCAAGGAAGAGUGGGAGCAGCAUUAUAGUGAAUUGUACUGGUAUUACUGGGAACAGUUUCAGUACUGGACAGGUCAGGGAUGGACUACUGAGAGCUCGCAUGGUGACAGUGUGGAAGCCAAUGAGGUCACCCAGGAGAUUGGUCCUAUAGGAAAAACAGACUUGGUUAGCCCAGAGGCUGAACACAGUGAAGUGCUGAGCUUGAAGCUGGCUACAUGUAACAGCAGAAGUGAGGAAGCAGUUCUUUCACGCGCUGAGCCCAACGGUGAAAUCAUCUCUGGGAUCUGUAAUUUAAAUCUGAAUUUGGAGGAAGCAGAGCAGAGAAGUGCAGCUCUAACAGUAGCCCACCAAGAUCCUCAGGAGUGUGUUUCAUCUGACAGUGAAAGCCAGAAGGAGCCCUGUGAUGGAGGAACCAGGAAGAGGAGUGCAUCUUGUGAACAUAAAAGUAUGAACCAGUCAGGUUCACGGGGGUCAUGUGGCUCCAAUUCACAUGACAAAGAGCAACUGCGGCAUCGUGACCGAGGUGAAGAUGAGGAUGAAGAGCCUCCUGAGUACAGACAUGUCAAAAUCAAGAGAAGCCAUGAACUGGAUGCAGAUGAGGACCCAGUGGAAGACCCUGAAGAAACCUGCUCUAUUUUGGGUUUCAAGUGUGGCACAGGACAAAAAUAUGGUGGAAUUCCAGAUUUCACCCACAGAAGUGUGCAGUACUUGGAGAAAAAGGCAAAACUCAAGUCCAAAUUCUUGGAUAUGCGUAAACCAAGGAAGAGCAAGAACACACACAUCUUCUUCACAGAGGAAUCAGAACUGUCCUGCAAAAAAACUACAACUUUGAAGAAGGUGGAAAACUUCCUAAAGCUGGUUAAUAAACCUGAGAAGGAAUCCACAUCCCAGACAGCAUCUCCCAAGGGUGAAGCACUGACCUCCAGCAGCAACUCAGAGGACCAGGGAAGUGUUACUGCCGCUCAGACUGUGACACUGAACGCUCAAAACCAAAAGUCAGCCUCUUCCAGUGCAGUCUUCACAGAAGCUGGAAGCAGCCACCUUGAGGAGGAAGCGCUGGGUGCGGCUGUGAGCGGCUCUGAUGAUGGGCAGGGUGUGGAGAGGCGGGAGAACGGCUGCGGGAGGCAGCUGCUCUCUCUCGAUAUUCCUGAUUACCUCCGGGCAGAGACAGAGGACGUCAGCCAAGCUGUAGAUGAAAAAGUUACUAUAAAGAAGAAGGACAAAAGGAGGAGAAGGAAGAAGAGAAAUGGGCUGGGAGCUAUCCCUGCUGAGAUUGCUGCUGAUCCAGAGCUGGCCAAGUACUGGGCACAACGCUACCGACUCUUCUCUCGCUUUGAUGAGGGAAUUAAACUAGACAGAGAGGGCUGGUUUUCUGUUACUCCAGAGAAAAUAGCUGAGCACAUCGCUGUCCGAGUCAGCCAGUCAUUCAGCUGCAAUGUCAUCGUGGAUGCCUUCUGUGGGGUUGGAGGGAAUGCCAUUCAGUUUGCACUGACCUCAAAGAGAGUGAUCGCCAUUGACAUCGACCCAGAGAAGCUCAGCCUGGCCCGCAACAACGCGGAGGUGUACGGCGUGGCAGAGCAGAUAGAAUUCGUGUGUGGAGACUUCAUGGAGCUGGCUGCUGACCUGCAAGCAGAUGUUGUGUUCCUCAGCCCGCCCUGGGGGGGUCCUGACUAUGCCACUGCUGAAAUCUUCGAUAUCCAGACCAUGAUUUGCCCAGAUGGAUUUGAAAUUUUCAGGCUCUCCAAGAAGAUCACCAACAACAUUGUGUAUUUUCUACCUCGGAAUGCUGACAUUGACCAGGUGGCUUCUUUAGCAGGGCCAGGAGGGAAGGUUGAAAUAGAACAAAAUUUUCUCAACAACAAACUGAAGACAAUAACAGCUUAUUUUGGAGAUCUCAUAAGGCAUGAUACCUCCUGAACUCAGUGUGCAUAACCUCCUGUACAGCUGGCUGGCCAAAACUGACUUAAAGACAUUUCCCACUUUUAAUUUCUGAGGGUUGUUUUUUUUUUUGGUUGUUUCUUUGCUUGUUUGGUUGGUUUUAAAAAAAAUCUAUUUGUUGUAACUGUCAAUAAAUGUUUUAGACUCA